AUGCCACCAAAACGCAAGAACAAAGCGGUCAAGAUUGCAUCAACCAAGGCUCUCAAGACCACAACCACUAGCUUGGUACCUAAGCGAAGAAGGCAUAGUCUUGAAGGAAGAAACAACAUGUCGACGCGACUUGCACCCUCAGAACCUCUCCACAUGACCACACGACGCGCUGCAAAGACGGCUUCUAACCAUUCAAGCUCUGCUGCAUCAUCAAGCGCCGCUUCAGGCAGUCGUCGUAGUUCUCUGAACGACAUUGUGCAGUACGAGGAUGCGCAAUCCGACAUUGAUCAAGAGCGACCAGCCAAGCGGAGCCGAACGUCGACCCAUUCUGGUUCGCCGCAAAUGUCCAAUGGCUCCUUCGACAACAACACUCCCAUGAAUGGAACGCAGACGCCAGAAGUGCAGAAGCCUGCAUCUGGUGCGACUUUGAGUGCGCCAAAGCCAGCAGGCAAGAAAAGGCGCGCAUCAGACGACUCGGCGCAAUCUAGCAAAACACGCCCAAACGGUGUUCUGACCCGUACUCAGAGCGAUGUCUCCGAACAACACCCGCGCAAGAAGAAGCGCAAAACAACAGACACCCCUGCAGAUUCCGCCGACCAGCCUCCAGAAUUGACUGACGCUAGUACGUCGCCCAAUUCACCUGAGCAAAUUCCGGAUGUUGCAAGCAGCCAAAAUCUCCAAAAUGUUCUACCCACCAAUGGCGAGGUACCCGCAAAACCCGGGAGGCGCUUGCCAGGUCGACGGCGCCAACCGCAUGCGGACGUCCAUGUCGAGGCCGAUCUGCGCCGACAACUAAAUGUCAAGAUGAACUAUCGCAGUCUUGCCAAAGUGCAGAAGAUUUUGCUUGAGGAGUUGUCAAAUCGUACGCUUAAGAAUCUGCAAAAUGAUCCUGACUAUCACGAGCGAGUUCCAGGGUAUGCGCCGCUCAUGGCGCAACUGGACCAGCGCCGCGAUGCCCGUCUAGACCAAGUCAACGCCGUGCGCACUUAUAAGCUUGAGCAAUUGGAACGCGUGCGCAUAGCUGAAGAGCACAUCCAGAAAGAGCAAUACACUAACCGGUUCCAAGAGCUACAGGAUGAUUUUCUACUUCAAUGUUAUUUCCGUAUGAAGCGAUUAGAGCGUGAGAUGAACGGCGAGAAGGCAGACGCUACAGAUGAUGAGGAUAAUGUUUUCCCACCCACCUACAGCCAUGAGCCAGGCCAUGACUAUGAGGGCCGAAUAGGCUCCAAAUAUGCCUCACGCAGUAGGGCUUACGUCGAGGCUGACAAUGAGCUUGAAAAUGACUCCCGACGACGACGGCUCAAUCUAGCCCGAACAGCCUUUGUAGUUGAAAACGAAGAUGCGGACGACUCCAUCGAUGAACUUGCCGGCGGGUAUGCCACAUUUGUUGGCCCUGAUCGUACCAAGUCCACUGCGCAUUACAACCUCGUCAGCCUCGCCGAUGCUGCGGAAGAGAUUGAAAGGACGCCAACGCCGCAACCUCCACCACCAGUAAUGCAGAUAAUACCGAACGAGCACGCUGUGCAGCUCAUGAUGCUUGCAGAGCUGUCAACAGCGCAGGCACAAGCUGUCAUCCCGCAAAACCUGGCAUAUCCAUACCAGCAACCUCAAAUGCAACCACAGAUGCAAUCGCAACCGCAACCGCCACAGACGCAACCGCCACUGACGCAACCGCCACAGACGCAACCACAGAUUCAAUCACCUCAACCGCAACAGCAAGUGCAGCAACAUCAACCUACCAUGCAGCAUCCUCAGUUCGAUGUCCCCGCUGUCGCAGAAGAGUUGGCGAGGCAAUUGGCGCUCAUGGAAGCUCUUCCAGUGACUUCAGUAGCCCUUCCAGCUCGAGCUGCGCAUAAUAGUCCUGCCAAAACAUCACAAUCAACAGUGGAACCUGCACAAGACGUUCUUCGUUCAGAACCUAACGGUAUCAAUAAUGCGAGCGAGUCUGAAACACAGAAAAAGGCGAUACCAGCCAGAGUCUCGACGCACCGCAUAAUGGAUAUGCUCAACAACGAUUCAGAUGUUCCAGUAUACAGACCGCGAGAGCCUCAGCCUCAGCCUCAGCCACAGGUGCAGGAGCCGAGCACUCCGUCAAGACGAGAGGCUGUCAGUCAGCACAACACUCCAUCUCACAACAAUGCUCUUCGACAAGAUACUAAUGUUCAGAGGCGGGAAUCGGUCACUGAGCAGUCCAGGGUGGAUGAUUCAGGGGAUUACGACUAUGCACCUAAUAACCCUCCAUCGUCGCCACAUGCGAAUGCCCAAGUACCGCAUAUCAAUCCUCAGCCAUUACAAUCUAAUCCUCAUGCUUCACAUUCGGAUUAUCAAGCACCAGCUCCGGCACCUUGGUCGGACCGAACGCUUGAGCAAAGGUUGCGCGAAAGGGACCCUUUACGCAAGAUCAGAGAAUUACUCGACAAGAAGGCACGCAGAGCGCCUCCUGACCGACCCCAUUACUCCCCCGGCAAUCCAUUCGCUUACCUGACCCCGAAAGACGAGUAUGAUCCACAGAAUCCGUCAGUCGGGAUAUAUAGUGGAUCUUCAAGCACAGCACCAACACAUUCUUCUGCAGGUCGUCGUGAAUCUCAGGAUCGACGCUCGUCGCACUGGGAGAGCGACAGACGGCCGAGCGGGUCUCAAGCACCUCAGCAGCCAGGGGCUUCACCAUACCAGGGCAGUCCUCCUCAACCAUAUCGAGGAGACUCCAGUAGACCUGCGCCGGCACCAUCUACGCAUCAGAGUCCAUAUGCUCCGCCUCCCGGUUCAAUGCCCCUUCCACCAAAGCCGCCUGGCCCACCACCGUCGGUUCCUGUCACUAACUUUCGCUUCGCCCACUACGAUCACCCUGCACCGUCAAUGAGGCCCUCGUUUCCACUUGGUCCAUUACGUCCGGAGUAUCAACAGCUAGCUUCAGCUUUGACGCAAAUUGCGCCGCCGCCGCCAUCACCGCACUAUCCUCCGCAGUACGGAGGCCCACAACACUAUCAAAGCGGAUACGUUCCACCACCAGGAUCGUUCCAGGCUCCUCCGCCUCCCGGACCCAGCAUGCAGUCGUAUCCGCCGCUCAAAAUCCACCAGUAUGGUGGUCAACCUAUUCUUCCUGCCAGCAUGGCUCCUCCACCACCGCAAUCAGGACCCCCGGUACAGUUUGUGGGUCAGUCGGUUCUUCCACCGGUUGCACGGGCGUACUCUCCAACGCAAGGCCAGCCGCCUCGAGUACACUACGACCAGCGCGAGGGUCAUGGUGAUCGUCAACCUGAACCCCAGUCGAGGCCUCGACGACAGUACAGGAGCUAUCAUGCGCCUGGCACACAGUUCAGGAGUUAUCAAGGACCUGGGGAGCAACGACGGAGAGGCGGUUAG